AUGAGGAGCCGGCAGCGGAUGUUUGCCGCGGUGAUGCGCCUGCUCCUCAAGUGCCUGCGGCUGGGGCGGCGGCGGCGGUUCAGGCUGGUGCGGCAGGUGGAGCAGCUGUGGCACUACGGGCACCUCUGCCUCCGCUCCCUGCUCUACAACUCCUUCACCAACGGCGAUGUGGUGCUUGACUCUCUCUUCGAGCCCGUCUACUGGCUGGUGGACCACGUCACCCGGUGGUUUGGUGUGGUGUUUGUGGCACUGGUAAUUGGGCUGACGAGCUCUAUUGUGGCCAUCGUGUACAUCUGCCUGCUGCCCCUCAUCCUGCAGACCUACACGCCUGCCUGGAUAUGCUGGCACCUCACCUAUGGACACUGGAACCUCAUCAUGAUUGUCUUCCACUACUACAUGGCUAUCACCACUUCACCUGGGCACCCACCACAGGCCAAGAACGACCUCACUGGUGUGUCCAUCUGCAGGAAAUGCAUUGCCCCUAAGCCAGCUCGCACCCACCACUGCAGCAUCUGCAACAGGUGUGUGCUGAAGAUGGACCACCACUGCCCCUGGCUAAACAACUGUGUGGGACACUACAACCACCGCUACUUCUUCUCCUUCUGCUUGUUCAUGACCAUGGGCUGCAUUUACUGCAGCAUCAGCGGCUGGGAGAUGUUCCGCGAUGCCUACGCAGCCAUUGAGAGAAUGAAACUGCUUGAGAAGGAGAGACUGCAGGUGGCUGCCAACCAGACAUACUACCAGACCCCACCACCCACCUUCUCCUUCCGCCAGCGAGCUUUCCACAAGAGCGUGGUCUACCUCUGGGUCCUGUGCAGCUCGGUUGCACUGGCACUGGGUGCCCUCACGCUGUGGCACGCUGCCCUCAUUACCCGCGGGGAAACGAGCAUCGAACGGCACAUCAACAGGAAGGAGAGGCAGAGACUGCAGAAGAAAGGCAAGGUCUUCAGGAACCCCUACAGUUACGGCAGCUGGGAUAACUGGAAGGUGUUCCUGGGUGUGGAUGUGCCAAGGCACUGGCUCACCCGUGUCCUGCUGCCCUCUCCUCACCUGCCCCAUGGGACAGGCCUGAGCUGGGACCUGCCUCCCUGUGUGACGGAGCAACAUGCACCACUGCUGGCAAUCUGAGGCCCUGUGCUCUGGACAUCCCUUCCCACAGGGGAGCGCACGGAGGAGCUGCUCUGCCACGGCAGCUUCCUUUGGCCAAAGUGCCUGGCAGGAGGCUGGCACAUAUCACUGACUGGAGCCAGAGCCAUGGGGAGCUCUAUGGACUGUGCUGGUGCCUGGACACCUGCCCUCUUGGCUCUUGGUGGCUGCAGGCAGCCCAGGGGCAAGGUGGCAGAGCUGCUGCUCCCUGCUCCAGCUGACGGUGCUGCCCUCAUUAGCACAGGUACAGGCCAGCAGUGGCCCAGCUCAGCUCUCUGAAGGGCUGGGCACAGAGGAUUGCAGCCCCAUCCCCCAAGUGUUCCCCAGGGAGUCUUUUUAAGACCAUCUACUAAA